AUGGUUCAGUAUAAGGAGCUAAAGGGAAAGAUGGAGUCCCUGCAGCCGCUGAUCCCUGUCCUGGAGCAAUACAAGACAGACGCCAAGCUCAUCUCCCAGUUCAAAGAAGAGAUCAGGAACCUGUCUGGCGUGUUGAUGGGUAUCCAGGAGGAAAUGGGAGCCUACGACUACGAGGAGCUGCAACGGAGGGUCCUAAACCUGGAAAAUCGGCUCCGCAACUGCAUGAGUAAACUCACAUGUGGCAAGCUAAUGAAGAUCACUGGCCCGCUGACUGUGAAAACUUCAGGGACCAGAUUUGGAGCCUGGAUGACCGACCCACAGGCGUCUCCCAAAAACAACAGGGUCUGGUACAUGGACAGCUACACCAACAACAAGAUCGUAAAAGAGUAUAAGUCAAUUGCUGAUUUUGUGGCUGGAGUCGAGUCGAGAACCUACAACCUGCCGUUCAAAUGGGCCGGAACCGACCACGUGGUGUACAACGGCUCUCUGUACUACAACAAGAUGCAGAGCAACAUCAUAGUGAGGUAUAGCUUCGAGACGGGCCGUGUGGUCACCCAGAGGGCCCUGGAGUCGGCGGGCUUCCAUAAUGUGUACCCCUACACCUGGGGAGGCUUCUCCGACAUUGACCUCAUGGCAGACGAGCUGGGCCUAUGGGCCGUCUACGCGACCAACCAGAACGCUGGCAACAUCGUCAUCAGUCAGCUGAACCCGGACACACUCCAGAUCCUCAACACAUGGAACACGGAGUACUCAAAGAGGAACGCCGGCGAAUCUUUUAUGAUCUGUGGGACGCUCUACAUUACCAACUCCCACCUGACCGGCGCCAAGGUGUACUACGCGUACUCCACUAAAACCUCCACAUACGAGUAUACAGACAUUCCCUUUCAUAACCAGUACUUCCACAUGUCUAUGUUGGACUACAACGCCAGGGACCGCGCCCUCUACGGCUGGAACAACGGCCACCAGGUCCUGUUUAAUGUUACACUUUUCCACAUCAUUAAAACUGAGGACGACUCUUAAGCAGAGGAACAUAACUUAAACAUGAAAGAAAUUAUAAAAACACGGAUGGUUGCACCUGAAUGUUCUAAUAAAUGUCAUAGACUGUAUAACAAAGAUGGAUGACAUGACAGUUUCCUAAAAGUGAAGCCAAAAUAUCUUGAUUGACCCCUGGUGGAUGGAUGCAGUAUAGGUCAUAAACCCCCCACCAUGAUAGCGAAAGAGAUGUAAAUUUUUGAAUCCUAAGAUAGAGAAGGAAUGAGCCACCCUACUCUCCCUACGAUUGGUUAGUACUUGUUACCUUUGUUGGUUGGACUGGUUAGAAUAGGCAAGAGGAGUGGGAUUGGUCAUAGUAGGAAUGUCAGGAUAAGCCAAUCAGCCAACACUUAUUUGUGAAUGGGACAUGAACCAUACUAAAAACUUAAAGUACACAUCCCCAAAUUGGUUUCUGUCAUUUAAGGUAGAUCUUAUCCAUGCCGCUCUCACUUGGCAGCAUUUCUUGACGUUCUAGGGUAAUACUGUAGUAUUAAGAAAGUCCACUUAGUGAGCGGGAAGGGAGGUGAAUGGGUUGAGAAAAUUCUUAACUUUCAUUGCAGAGCCCGCUGUUACUGUCCUAUGUCUUAAUAUAAAGUUAAUCAAGUUAUUUUAAUGACAAUGUAGUGUGCUAGUGUGUUAAGCAUACUAUGCUAGCAUGUUAUGUAUGUCUUGUGAUAUCAUAUAACAAGAUGUAAUACGAGGUUAGUAACAAACAUACUUAUUUUCA